UGCGCUCUGUGCGCCUUGGGUUGGCGUACGAAGGGCGAGUGCGAGCGGCGUACGGGAGCCAAGGCGGGCCUGUGGCGGCCGCCGCGGAGCCGCCAUGCCUGAAGGGCCGUCUGUGAGAAAGUUUCACCAUUUGGUCUCCCCCUUCGUGGGCCAGCAGGUGGUCAAGACCGGGGGCAGCAGCAAGAAACUACACCCACCCGACAUGCAGUCUCUGUGGCUCCAAGACACCCAGGUCCAUGGAAAGAAAUUGUUCCUUAGAUUUGAUCCAGAUGAAGAAUUGGGGCUCCAUGGUGAUGAUGCACCCCCAAAGUCUCUCGGGAAAGGAGAGAUUUUGCAGGAGGAGAAGGCUGCAGUCCUAGGGCAGGCCAAUGUGCCCAGCAGACAGGAGGCUUCCCAUCCCACAGAGCUUGCCAUUCCGGAUGGAGACAAGGGUCCCGAGUGUCUCGGGGCACGUCGCCCCGCGACACGUGUUGAGAGAUGGCUGCAAGUCAGCUUUGGCUUGUUUGGCAGCGUUUGGGUGAAUGAGUUCUCCAGAGCCAAGAAAGCCAACAAGAGGGGGGACUGGAGGGAUCCUGCUCCCAGGUUGGUCCUUCAUUUUGGCGGUGGUGGCUUUCUGGCAUUUUAUAAUUGUCAGAUGUCUUGGAGUUGUUCCCCAGUGGUCAGGCCCACCUCUGACAUCCUGUCUGAGAAGUUCCAUCGAGGACAAGCCCUGAAAGCUUUGAGCCAGGCCCAGCCUGUCUGCUACACGCUGCUGGACCAGAGAUACUUCUCAGGGUUAGGGAACAUCAUCAAGAACGAAGUCCUGUACAGAGCCAGGGUUCACCCCCUGUCCCUUGGGUCACUUCUGAGUCCUACACACCUAGAAGCCCUCGUGGACCACGUGGUGGAGUUCAGCACAAACUGGCUUCAGGACAAACUGCAGGGCAAGCAGCAGCACACCCAGAUCUACCAGAAGGAGCAGUGCCCUGCUGGGCAUCCGGUCAUGAAGGACGAAUUUGGGCCCCCUGGUGGGUUCCAGAGGCUGACAUGGUGGUGCCCACAGUGCCAGCCCCAGUUCCCACCCGAGGGGCCACAUCAACCCCAGCUCUGCUAGUCACCUGGAGCCCUUCCUCCUGGAACUUGCUCCCUGGGGUACAUGGUGUCCAAGCAUCCAGAAAGGAGGGUACGUGGGCAGGGUGGGGCUUGGGCAGAGGGUGGGCAGGGAGCUAGCUGUCUGUGUUCUCUAUGUUCAUCUCACUGGAGGUCUAAGAGUUAUCCCAGGGUUAGAGAUUUGCUUUUCUUUUUCUAGUUUAUUCUUCCAGUGUAAUUCUGCUGUUGGGGAAAAAAAUGAGAAAAACCCUAAUGGUGGGUAAGAGUUCCUCCUCCCAGAAUGGAAAUGGGACUUAAAAUGUGAAAGCUGCUAAAGUGGCCUCAGGGGUUUUGAGCUUUGUUUGUGUAUGAUCUUUGGUUGAAGUCAAGACUUUCCAUUUUGAGACACAAAAUAUGGUUUCAUUGUUCCCCUGGAGGGAGUAGCAGGAGCAUAGCAGCAGCGGUUGGGCCUCCUGCCUGGGUCUUCCCUGCUGAAGAGGAAAAAAGAGUAUGUGUGUAGGUUGCAGGGAGCUGGCUUCCUUCCUGGCAUGCACUGGGCCUUCAGGGGUGAGCCGCUCAUUUCCUCCUUAUGCUAGUGUUAGCUGUGAUCAUGGAAAUGUUGAACAUGUCAGGAAUCAAGGGUUAGAGUUGGCAACAACUAGGUGAAAAGAAGAUAGUGUGAAAAUAAAGUUAUUUGUUCCCUUCUCGUCUCAUCGUUAUUUGGCAGCGAGGGGUCUUAUGCUGUAAAUAACUGAACGCUUUCUGAAGGAGUCCUCAUAAGGGCUUGCCAGCACACUGGCUGUUUGACUCAGGUGAGCAGAGAUGGACUUUUACUUCUGUCCCACAGCCCCUGGCAUAGUCACUGUGGUGCACUCAUAAGACCUCUUGAAAUCAGUCAGCUUCCCAAGACCCCAUCUCCAAGGGCCUCAUGAAUUUUGGGAUGGCACACUGAGUACCCGACAGCCCUGUCCUUUCUACUCACCACUGCACUGCAGCCCCUCCAUGGUAUACAGCAGCUGCAUCACAGGAGCUGCAGUGGCCUGGCCCACAGCACCUGGAACCCCGGCAAUGUGUCCCUCAAAGUAGCCAAGUUUUCUUUGCUCC